AUGUAUCAUUCUUUGUCUGAAACCAGUCAUCCUUUGCAAACAGAGGAACAAGAAAUAGGCAUUGAUCCCUUGCAGAGUUCUUUGAACAAGCCAGAGGAAGGAUCAAAUGAAAAUGGAAGCACGCACCACACCUCAGAUUCCGAUGGAACAUUUAUUUCUUAUAGUAAAGAAUGGGAAGAACUAUUUGUAAACAACAAUUACUUGGCAACUAUACGGCUGAAGGGGAUUAAUGGGCAGCUGAGAAGCAGCAGGUUCCGUAGUGUUUGCUGGAAGUUAUUUCUGGAGGUUUUACCCCAAGACAGAAGUCAAUGGAUUAAAACCACUUCAGACUUAAGAACUUCUUACAAUAAGAUCAAAGAAAUUCACAUUACAAACCCUCGGAAAGCAGGACAACAAGAUCUGAUAAUCAACAACCCACUCUCUCAGGACGAGGGGAGUCUUUGGAAUAAAUUUUUCCAGGAUAAAGAGCUUCGAGCAAUGAUUGAACAAGAUGUGACAAGAACCUUUCCUGAAAUGCAGUAUUUCCAGCAAGAGAAUGUGAGGAAAAUUCUUACAGAUGUUCUAUUCUGCUACGCCAGAGAAAAUGAGCAGUUGCUUUAUAAACAGGGUAUGCAUGAACUUUUAGCUCCCAUUGUCUUUAUCCUGCAUUGUGACCACCAAGCUUUUUCACAUGCCAGUGAGGCUGCACAACCAAGCGAGGAAAUGAAAGUUCUUUUGAAUCCUGAGUAUCUGGAACAUGAUGCCUAUGCAAUGUUCACACGUCUGAUGAAAACUGCAGAACAUUGGUUUUCAACUUUUGAACAUGACAGUCAGAAGGAUAAAGAAGUGAUUAUUACACCUAUGCCGUUUGCAAGGCCGCAGGACUUGGGCCCAUCUAUUGCUAUUGUAGCAAAGGUAAACCAAAUUCAGGAUCAUCUGCUGAAGAAACACGAUAUUGAGCUGUACAUGCAUCUGAACCGACUGGAAAUUGCUCCACAGAUUUAUGGACUACGAUGGGUAAGGCUCCUGUUUGGACGUGAAUUCCCACUUCAGGACCUCCUGGUUGUCUGGGAUGCUCUGUUUGCUGACAGCAUCACCCUGAAUUUAGUUGACUACAUUUUUGUAGCCAUGUUGUUAUAUAUCAGAGAUGCCUUGAUUUCAAGUAAUUAUCAGACCUGUUUGGGACUUCUGUUGCAUUAUCCACCUAUUGGAGAUGUUCACUCCCUUAUCCUAAGAGCACUUUUUCUCCGAGAUCCAAAGAGAAAUCCAAGACCAGUGACUCACCAAUUCCAACAAAAUUUAGAUUAUUACAAAGCACGUGGAGCAGACUUGGUGAACAAGACCCGGGCUAGUGCUAAGGCUGCCCCACUGAACAUUAAUAAAGUCUCCAACAGCCUACUGAAUUUUGGCCGAAAGCUCAUUGCUCCGGCCAUGGCUUCAGGUGGGGCUGCGGGUGCUCCUGCUGGCGGGAGCAGUUUUCCUCCCCCUGCAAUGCCCAUCAGAAGCACAGCAGAAGCCCCCCAGCAUCACCACCACCAGCAGCACCACCACCAGCAGCACCACCACCAGGCCCAGCAGCAGAGGAUGCUGAAGUCCGAAAGCAUGCCAGUUCAGCUGGGCAAAGGCCAAAGCUCAAAAAACAUCAGCUCAUCCCCAAGCAUAGAGAGCUUGUGUGGAGGACGUGAAUUUACAGGAUCUCCACCUCUGUCUGCAUCAAAAAAGGAUUCCUUUUUCAGUACAAUCUCCCGCUCCCGUUCCCAAAGCAAAACUAUGAGCAGAAAAGAAUCGGAGGAGGAAUUGGAGGCCCAGAUUUCAUUUCUACAAGGACAACUAAACGACUUGGAAGCCAUGUGCAAAUAUUGUGCAAAGAUGAUGAACACGCACCUUGGAAAUAUCCAGGAAGUCAUAUUACAAGAACGCCUGGAAAAAGAAGAUGAAAUUCUGGUUUCCUUGGCUGGUUUGAAGCAGAUCAAAGACAUUCUGAAGGGUUCCCUGCGUUUCAACCAGAGCCAGCUGGAAUCUGAAGAAAAUGAGCAAAUCACAAUAGCUGAUGAUCAUUACUGUUCCAACAGUCAGAACAAGGGGACAGAUGAUGUCCUAAAGGGACCUAUUAUGACAAAGCAACAGUUCAUCUCAGGACAACAGACUUUUGGCUCUGCUGAAGAAAAUGGCUGUACUGAUAGCAAGAGUGCUGACGACUACAUUAUGGUUUCCAAAGAAGAGGAAGGCAGUACAUGUGCUGUCCUGGAGCCUGUGCAGUCCCAUCAGGCACACAAGGAGGCAGAGGUGAAGCCAGAAGCUCCGUCUCGUUCUUCUUUGAUAUUCUCUGACCCACUGAUGGGCUCCAUUUCAGCUUCCUCCAGCAACCUGAGCUCCAGCCCUGAUGAUGACAGUAGUAAUAACAGCAAAGAUUCUGACUUUGCUAUUGUCAGCCCACUGGACAUCUAA